GUUUUUCCAGGGCCGUUUCACCAUGGCUGCCCGGCAGCACGUCGCCAUCGCCGAGAUCUACGAGAGCGACCUGCUGGACAUGGAGAAGGCCAUCGCGCACUACGAGCAGGCGGCCGAUUACUACAGAGGGGAGGAAUCCACCAGCUCAGCCAAUAAGUGCCUGCUGAAGGUGGCGGCGUUCGCGGCGCAGCUCGAGCAGUUCCCGCGCGCCAUCGACAUCUACGAGCAGGUCGGGGCGGUGGCCAUGGACAGUCCCCUGCUCAAGUACGGAGCCAAAGAGCAUUUCCUGCGCGCCGCGCUCUGCCACUGCUGCGUCGACACCCUCAACGCACGGCUGGCCGUGCAGAGGUACGAGGAGAUGUUCCCGGCCUUCUCCGACUCCCGGGAAUGCAAACUGCUCAAGGUCAGCCUUCAUCACCCUUCCUCCUCA